AUGCUGGUCCCUGAUGUGGCCGCGGAUCCCUACGUGGGAAGUCCAUCGUUGUUCAGCGAAGUGCAGCGCAGCAACCAUCUUCGGUCCCCUCCAUACGCCUUCACGCUGUUCACACGGGAGAAGAGGCGAUUGGUGGCCGCCAAGAGUCCGAACGAAAACGAACUGCCCGCAAGCAGCCACGUAGGCAAGGUGUGGCAUUCUCUCUACGCCGCCAACAAGGGGCCCUACAAGCGCAAGGUAGACGAAGCUACCGCCGUCCACCGAAGGAAGUACGUGGACUACGUAUACAAUCCGCGUGAUGUCCGCCGGCGGAAGCAGCAGGAUCGUAAUCCCAAGGAGGUUACCAGCAAGCUCGAGAAUGGCAGUUACGGGGACCAGGAGGAGCAGCCGAGCACUACCUCGGCCACGGCCCAGGGUGGAGGAACCUCGGAGUUCCAACAGCAACAACAUCACGCAUCAUCGCCGCCGUCGCAAACGAACAAACCCCGUGCAACCAAUGCUGCUUGGAACAGAACUCGGGGCAACUUGGGUAAGGCAACUAUAGCCACUACCCCGGCCAUGGCUUCAGCCCGCUCGGCUGCGCGGCCCUAUAGCGAGCAGCGUUUCUCAAGUUCUCUGCCACGGUUACUGCGCAUUGCCAACAAAGGAAACACCGUGGCUGCGGCCGUUCUUUCUGCCAGGAGGCGGCCCAAAGCUGUCCUCUUCGACAAGGUCGCCGUAUGCGAAUUUGCCCGGAUGCAGGGCUUUGCCACCUUGCCCAAGGAGAGGGCUAUUACUCUUGGAUUAGAAUUCAAGGAUAGUGUGUAA